AAUGAGAUUUUUUUGACAUGUUUUUCUAACAUGUCUGUGGACUUUUAUUAUGAAAAGUCGGCAGCCAUUUUUCUGGAGGGUCUGUCUUUUGCAGCAUCAGACUGGUUUUGGACUGGAGUUGGAAGUUUCUUCAACAGGAGAGACUCUUACUUGGACAGGUUUUGAAGGACAGUCUUUUUAGCGUUGUUUGGGAAGAAUAUUAUAACGUUAUUUAUUUCUGGGGUUUUCUAUUCAAUGUUUCUGUAAUUUUUCCUAGCUAGGCUAGAAAGUGAAUGAGCCCUUCUGCUAACUAUGUUUUCAGCUGUUAAUCUGUGCUGUUAGUUGGCUGAGUGUAUACAUAAAUAUAUGUAUAUUAUCAGCCUGAUAAAUGUUGGUGAAUAGCUGUUAAACAUGGAGAUGGUGAGAAGGAUCCUGGUCCACUUGUCUAAGGAUAACGCAGCUCCACAGUGUGCCCGGUUUGUUCAGAGCAUUACCGGCCACUUUAUAGGAAAUGCUGACGACCAGGCCACUGUGAACUGCUCCCUGGAGAAUAAUCGAUUUAUUCUGUGUGAGGGGAAUCAUGAAGGGGGCGUUCCUCUCAAGAGGGCGUCGUUCUGCCCAAUCAAAUUCCUCUCUCACUCAGAGGCGGACUCCCUACCUUCAGAUAUACUGAGCCGCGGGGUGGAUGUGGGCGUGGCCGUCCUUCUGGAGUCAGCCAAUCAGAGGCUGUUGCUGACCAGGCGGGCUUCAUCUCUCAGGAUUUUCCCCAAUGUCUGGGUCCCUCCUGGUGGACAUGUUGAAUUGGAUGAAAAGCUACUGGAUGCCGGCCUGAGGGAGCUGAGGGAGGAGACUGGGCUCAAACUCGAUCCUGAAGACAUCUCCUCAACUCGACUACUGGGCCUCUGGGAGUCUGUCUAUCCGCCCAUGCUGUCCCACGGAUUGCCCCAGAGGCAUCACGUUGUCACCUACAUGCUCCUGUCAUGUCGCCUUACACACCAACAGCUACAGUCCUGUCUGAGGCCAGAACCUGGGGAAGUGAGUGGAUGUGUGUGGGCUGAUGUGGGCCUGGUUAAGGCUAUUGUGUCUGCAGUGGACGGUGAGGAGGAUGCUGUUUGUGUACCUGCUGAUCUGCCUCGGUCAAUCAGUGUGACUGAAGUGUCUCCAGAAGGUGAACUCAGUGAAUCUAAGAUGCCGGUGUUGGUGUUCUGUAACCGAGCGCCAGCUGAGGGUGAGGACGUGGAGCGGGUUAGUACUGGGACCAAGUACGCCUUAGAACUCUGGCUGAAGACCCUGGAAGCCAGCUUUGAUAAGAGCUGAAUACAUCUGACUUCUCUUUAUCAGCCCUUUUCUGUGGAACAUAUGAAGCAGUGCCUUUAGGAUCACAGCAUCAUCUGCUGGACAUCUUCUCUGUUACCUUUAAUGAAGCACUGAUUUUCUGUGAUUGUAUUUGUGAAGAGUUGUCGACAAGUCUGUCCAUAAUCUUAAUAUCAGUUUGUGUUGAUCAUAUACAGCUCUGGAAAAAUAAGAGAUCACUUAAAGAUGAGUUUCUUUAAUUUUUCCAAAUUUAAAACCUCUGGAAUAUAAUCAAGAGGAUGAUGGAUGAUCACAAGCCAUCCAACCAAGCUGAUCUGCUUGAAUUUUUGCACCAGGAGUGGCAUAAAGUUAUCCAAAAGCAGUGUGUAAGACUGGUGAAGGAGAACAUGCCAAGAUGCAUGAAAACUGUAAUUAAAAACCAGCGUUAUUCAGCCAAAUAUUAAUUUCUGACCUCUUAAAGCUUUAUGAAUAUGAACUUGUUUUCUUUGCAUUAUUUGAGGUCUGAAAACUCUAAUUUUCUUUAAAUUUAAAAUUUUCUGCAAACAAAUGCUCUAAAUGACAAUAUUUUUAUUUGGAAUUUGGGGGAAAUGUUGUCCGUAGCUUAUAGAAUAAAAACAAUAUUCAUUUUACUCAAACGUAUACCUAUAAAUAGAAAAAUCAAAGAAACUGAUUCAGAAACUGAAGGGGUCUCUUAUUUUUUCCAGAGCUUUAUGUUUUAUUUUAUUAAGCAAUAUAUAUUUUAAUAUUAUUAUAUAAUUAAAUAUUAAAUGUUUCUUUCUGCCAUAAGAGGGCAGCAAAGCUGUUCCCUCUGAAGUGACAUCUGAAAUUAAUCUGCAUCAUGUGAAUUUGAUACUUUGAUCUUCAGGGAACCAAAAUUCUUUUUUUUUUUUUUUUUUUUUUUUUUUUUUUUUUUUUUUUUUUUUUUUGUUAA